AGCUCCAGCCAAUCAGGUUGCGCCCUUCCUGAUUCCGUCCACUUAUCAUCCGCCUCUCGGCGUCACGAGCGCCUUCUCUGCCUUCCUGUACGAGAGAGACACACACAGCACCGUCCUUGCACACAGUUAGGCCGGAAAGAUCAACCUUAACAACACGAUGUCCAUCCUGAAGAUUCACGCUCGUGAGAUUUUUGACUCCCGUGGCAAUCCCACUGUGGAAGUUGACCUGUACACUAAGAAAGGUCUGUUCAGAGCUGCAGUCCCCAGCGGCGCCUCCACUGGGAUCUAUGAGGCCCUGGAGCUGCGCGACAAUGACAAAACCCGCUACAUGGGCAAAGGUGUCUCUAAAGCUGUUGAGCAUAUCAAUAAAACUAUUGCACCUGCACUGGUCAGCAAGGAUGUGAGCGUUGUGGAGCAGGAGAAGAUCGACAAGCUGAUGUUGGACAUGGAUGGCACAGAAAACAAGUCCAAGUUUGGUGCCAACGCCAUCCUGGGUGUGUCCCUGGCUGUGUGCAAGGCUGGUGCAGCAGAGAAGGGCGUUCCCCUCUACCGCCACAUAGCUGACCUGGCCGGCAACCCUGAAGUCAUCCUCCCUGUGCCUGCUUUCAACGUCAUCAACGGCGGCUCCCACGCCGGCAACAAGCUGGCCAUGCAGGAGUUCAUGAUCCUGCCGGUCGGAGCCAGCAGCUUCAAGGAGGCCAUGCGGGUCGGCGCCGAGGUCUACCACAACCUGAAGAAUGUCAUCAAGGAGAAAUACGGCAAGGACGCCACCAACGUAGGAGACGAGGGCGGCUUCGCCCCCAACAUCCUGGAGAACAAAGAAGCUCUGGAGCUGCUGAAGAACGCCAUCGCCAAGGCCGGCUACACCGACAAGAUCGUCAUCGGCAUGGACGUGGCUGCCUCCGAGUUCUACAAGGGAGGAAAGUACGACCUGGACUUCAAGUCUCCAGACGACCCCAGCCGCUACAUCAGCCCCGACCAGCUGGCUGAGCUCUACAGGAGCUUCGUCAAGGACUACCCUGUCGUUUCCAUCGAGGACCCCUUCGACCAGGAUGACUGGGAGGCAUGGACCAAAUUCACAGCCAGCACCAGCAUCCAGGUGGUGGGAGACGACCUCACCGUCACCAACCCCAAACGCAUCGCCAAGGGCGUGGCCGACAAAGCCUGCAACUGCCUGCUGCUGAAGGUCAACCAGAUCGGCUCGGUCACAGAGUCCCUGCAGGCCUGCAAGAUGGCCCAGAGCAACGGCUGGGGGGUGAUGGUGAGCCACCGCUCCGGAGAGACCGAGGACACCUUCAUCGCUGACCUUGUGGUCGGCCUCUGCACUGGACAGAUCAAGACGGGUGCACCCUGCCGAUCUGAGCGUUUGGCCAAGUAUAACCAGCUCCUCAGGAUUGAGGAAGAGCUUGGUGACAAGGCCCGCUUCGCCGGCAAGAACUUCAGGCACCCCAUCUGAGCCGGGUCAACGUCCUCCAGCCACUACGUGUUUAUUGCUCAUAAAUAAUCCCCCCCCCCCCCCCCCCCCCCCACACAUGUACGCCACGCUAGGUCGCCUGCCCUAUACGGAGUGAAGAUGGCAAAGACGCCUCCUAUAACCCAAGGUCCAAGUCUGCAGUCUGUGGCGGGGAGGAGGAGCGGCGGCGUCCCGGCUCAGCUCAUCUGCAAACGUAUGCUUUAGCUCCUGAUUAGUGUCGGUCCUCGUGUUAGUCUGUGUUACUGUGUGAGUUUUCUUUAAGCUUCCCGUGAGUUGUAGUGAUUGUGAUCCUCUGAUUAUCUGAGCAAGCGUAACGCUAGUAGGCGUCUGGCUGAAGCAGUGGUAACGAGUUCUGUAUGUGCAAUGUGUCGCCUCUGACAAGGUCUUGUGUUGCUGUAAGCGCCGGCAGAAAUAUGUAAUAAAUAAUAUAGUUUCAAAAAUCUGA